AUGCCUCGCAACACACGAGCUAGGACAGAAGCACCUGCUGUGCCCGAGCUUCCAACCGAAUCAUUGGAGUGCUUUAUGGCUAUGCUCGAGGCUCAGGAAGUCAUUGACAGUGCGAAUGCCAGACCAACUCAAGCUUCGUCGAGGGUAGCGACUCAUAUGGGUCCACCUCCCAAAGAUGGCAAACGCAAGAGACGACAGGGAGAAGAGGACGAGCCUAGUUCCGAAGUUGUUUCUCGGGCAGUCAAAAGCCGAAGAACGACCGCAGCUCCCGCUCGGCGAGCCACGAACAACGCACCGUCCAAGCCAACUGUCGAGGAUAGAAACCGGAAUAAAGCCAGAGGUGAAAAUAGUUUGUUGCCGGGGAAAUUGAACGGUCAAAACGUCAACGUCAACGCGGCAAAUAGUCGGACCGCGGGGACAGCGACGAGGAAUACUAUCGGACGGACAAGGCCAGGGCCUAAAGGACAGAAGCGGGCGAGGGACGAAGGAGAAAGCGGCGAGAAUGGCGAUAGCGGUAUCAAUAACCAUGCCAAUUCUGGUCGGUCGACAAAGCGGACGAAGGUGGCAGCUGGGACCAAAUCCAAGGGCACGAAAACGACAAAAAAAAAGGCGGCAGCGGCACCAGCAACGCUCAAGGGGAGGAAGAGGGAGCGAGCAGGUGAAAAUAUCGGAGAGGAAGGUGACGCAGGCGACGACGAUGGUGAUGCGAUCAAGAAGCCGGCUCGCCGGAGAAGAAAGCAGACCAGGAGAGCAAGCGAUGUCGGAAAGAAAUGCGACUUCUGCCUGAACCAUCCGAUCGGAAAGGCAAUGAAUGAAAAGCGUGAGUGCGAUUGGGUUAACGGUACUCACAUUCUAGAGUGCACCAAUUGCGCAAAUUACCGCCAUGACCAUGGUGAAAAGGACCAUGUGUGUAAUAUCUCGGGUAAGGGGGACUUGGAAUCACCGGUAUGGCGAAGGUAUGCGGACAACCACCCGGCAGGCUACGAGAUUACCGCUUGCGACAGGUGCGUAUCCAAGGGCAUCGCGGGCUGCUGCGACGUCGACAUGACCUUGGGAUACUCUUGCGACCACUGCAAGAGCGCCAAGCUCGACGGAUGUCGUGUAAACGGCCAGUUGGUUGAAAAGCGGCCAAACCCUCGACAAGGCGAGCUCCGCUGGUUCCGUCACGCUUGUGAUACGUGUCGUAACUUGACGCCAAGCAAGAACCAGCCCGGCUGCAGCUGGCUUCAGGACCGGUUUUCCUGGGACCGGGCAUGCCAACGGUGCUCGGCGAAUCAACUGACAUGCUUGGGUUCCAGCUACGUGGUCGAGCACCCGACGGUGCUGAAGGUGCCAACCGUCUGGAGCGUGACGCACAAGCUGGACGGAGGCUGGUCGGAGCUGCGAGGGUGCACGCCUUGGAGGAAGAGCUGCGUAACCUGCCAGGCGGCCAAGUCGCACUGCCGGGCACUGGGAACUUCGGCCUUGUUUUCGUGCAACCGAUGCCUCCAGCUGGGCAUCGACUGCCGGGUGGAGCAAGGUGAUGGCACGGUGACGUCGGUGUAUCCUCAAUUUGAUCUGAGCCGGGUUGGCUUCGGUAACUUCCUGCCCUUCAAGGCCUGUUCGAAGUGCAUUGCGCAUGGACGAAACUGCGACCGGCAACGACCAUGCGAUUCCUGCGUCGACAACGGUGAUGAAUGUGACGACUACAGCGACAAGACGGCCGGCAACACCAACUGCCUGCCGGGGCGUCUUCCCGGUUGGCCCGGAUGCCUCUACUACCUUGGGCUCGGCUACGGACCGAACGGUGUGAACGACGUCAAGGACGGCAGCCGGAUGUGCCACUGGAUCGGCCCGGCCAUUCCGCUAUACUCCAUGGUUGGCGUUCGCGAGGCGACCGAGACGCACGACGACAACGCCAAAGGAAUCCUCGCCGUUGCCGAGGCGCUCGGGAAGGCGGCUCGGCCGACCGGUGUGCCCCCUCACGGCGGGCCAGGCGGAGAUUUGGCGCUGCGACCGCCCAGCAGCUUCACGGCCGAAGAGUUGGAUGCCAUGAUCCUGCGCAACUGGGUGGGCCGACCGACGGUGCCCAACCUUCACCCGUCCUACUACGAUGCCAUCGAGGAAGCGGAGAGGGUGAGGGCCAGGUUGCGCGGCGGCGCGAGACUGGGGCAGCCAAGACCGAAUCGAAACAGGAGCAGGGGCCAAAGCCAGGCGACGGCGGCAGGAUCUGCGACGAGGAGCCAAGACAGCGGUCGUGUGAUUGAGAUUGAAGACGACAUCGAGAGUGACGACGACGGUGACGACGAUGACGACGACGACGACGGCGGCGCCGGCGGCGAGGAUGACGGUGACGGUGACGCCAACGUGCUAGACAUGGUCGAGGAGGAGGACAUCUAUGACGCCACGCCCCCUCCUGAACCGAGAGCCAAUGCUCGAGGUGUAGUCGAGGCCGAGUACGGGCAACCGGUGGAACGGAUGUAUGGUGUCGGCCCUGCUUUUCAAGUCCACGAACCGAUGAGGCCGAUUCUCAACCCCCCCUCGCUAUACAUGGGCCCCUUCCAGCAGGCCCAUGAUGGCUCGACGCUAGGAUACUAUCCGCUCGACACCGGCAUCGGCACGGGGCUCGAUACGGGGCUCGAUGCGGUGCUCAACGCGGCCCUCAAUCCGGGCCUCGAUCCGGCACAGGGACAGUUGCCAGGGGUGUCGACCUGGCCAACUGCGUGGGGCGCAUACGAACAGUUCGGUGGCCUGCCACACGGCAUUUUUGACGCGCAGAACACCAUGACCAUCGAUCCUGCCAUAGGUUAUGGUGCUGGAAACAAUGCGGCACUGGGGGUCCAUCCAUCGGGGAUGAUCCCUCCAGCAGUCGAGCAAGCGGUUUCCCGCGAGCUACCGACGACGGAUGCAUUCAAUCCUUCCGAAUGGUUCCACUCGGACACGAGCCUCUAUGCCCGCAGCAGUUCCGAGGCCCGCAAAGCAAAGCAGACGUCGAGCGAAGAUGACGCUUCAGGGGAGGUGCUGGAAGCCGGCGAGCUCGACACCAUCGUUCGGCAGCAGCAGGAAGCCAGGCGUCGAGGAAAUACCAAUACCGGGAGGAGAAGAUGA